AUGGAAAUGGAGAGACUGGGUACUGUAACUAAAGGGAGUAAUGGAAAUGGAGAGACUGGGUCAACUGCUACUAGGAGAGGUACUGUAACUAAAGUGAGUAAUGAAAAUGGAGAGACUGGGUCAACUGCUACUAGGAGAAGUACUGUAACUAAAGGGAGUAAUGGAAAUGGAGAGACUAGGUCAACUGCUACUAGGAGAGGUACUGUAACUAAAGGGAGUAAUAAUGACGAUGGAGAGACUGGGGUAACUGCUACUAGGAGAGGUACUGUAACUAAAGGGAGUAAUGGAAAUGGAGAGACUGGGUCAACUGCUGCUAAGAGAGGUACUGUAGCUAAAGGGAGUAAGAACAAUGAAAAGACUGGGGUAACUGCUACUAUAGGAGAGGUGAUAUUGAAUACCAACACAAUAUUAUUGAUAUUUUGCAUCAUUAUUAUAGGUACUGUAACUAAAAGGAGUAAUGGAAAUGAAGAGACUGGGGUAACUGCUACUAGGAGAGGUACUGUAACUAAAACUAUGGACAAUCCAGAGACAAGAAAGACUGUUAGGAGAGGUACUGCAACUGUUGAAAGCAUGGAAGAAAUAGGGUUUUGCUAUUGUGGUAGACCAGAAGAAGGAGACAUGGUAGCAUGUGAUGGCAAAUCAUGCAAAUACACAUGGUUCCACAUAACUUGUCUCCGGCUUAAAAGUUUGCCUAAAACUAAAUACUGGUUUUGUCCUGACUGCAAGGUGCUCCAGCAUAAUUAA